UAUUUUUCUUCGAUUUUGGAGUAGUAAUGCGUCAGCCUACGAUAAAUAUUGAACCAGCAAAGAUCGAAGUCAGAACAUGACAGAUUCAAUGAAAUUUGGCCCAGAAUGGUUGCGCAAUAUGUCAGCUGAGCCUUCUGGUGGCUCUACUAGCACCACAUACAACGUAAAUGCUGCUGGCGGUGUUAAUAUGGCGACAUCUGCCUCAGCUUCCCGUAAUUUCUUGUUUCCUGAAUACCGUUACGGCCGCGAGGAGAUGUUGUCCCUUUUCGAUCGGAACUGUUUGUUGCCGCAAAUUUUGCCUUCAUUUAAGAAGUUAUUUGUGGAAAAAGUACAAUAUCCGUUAGCAUUAACGCCCAGCUCUGAAGAAGAUAGCAAUCCAAAUCCUAUGGGGAAUAGCUCGCGGCCUGCUUGGUUGCAGCGUUCCUCUAGCGGCUUCGGUUCUUCUUCGCGUGGAACAGGACGUGGUGGAGCCGUUGAUCGUGGCCGAAUGAGAGGUAAAUCGGUAUAUCAUUCAAUAUAUCAACGCCCCAGUGGUGUUUUUGAUGAAAAUUCUACAGCAACUUCUGCAAUGAAUAUCAAGCCCGCUGAACGUAAUUGGAUUGAUCGGAAUGGAACUGGUGAUUCGAUAAACUCUAACACGUCAACAGCAACAAGUGGUGGAGGAGGAGGCAGUUGUGGCAUACUAGACUGGAACGGUACGCCAAGUUCGAGUCCGCGGAAGGAGUUUGCCAGCCAUCAUCAUCGCAACACCAACAUGGAAAACUGGAGACGAAUGCGAAAUGAAGAUGGUUCCGGCGAUGGUCCAGUGGUUGCUAGUAGUGGUUCAGAUAUGGCCGCCGGGUGGCGUAGUGGCGGCGGUGGAAAUAAUAGUUUUGGUACAAACAGCCAUCGAUGGGGAAGAUCAACAAGUUGGCGUGAAGAUGACUCUAAUGGCGAAAGUCAACCGACAAAUGUUAUAAUGCAUCGUUCCAUUUCCACUGUUGGCUCUGUAAGCAUUGAUCGUGAGAGGAAACAAACGGGAAUUGGAACUGCUCACUCUUCUGUACGCGUUUCAACAUCCGGUGUGAAGAGCUCUCAACUGUGGACUGGUGUGGAGGCAGCUGUAAAUGAUGAGAAUCUACCGGAAUGGGCAAUGGAAAAUCCAUCCGAAGUUGGUGGGAGCUUUGAUUCCAGCGGCGCUUUUCAUGGCACUGAUCAUAAUGAUGUGGCGAUAAUCAAAAACACGCCAGAAACAGCUGAUGCUGAAAUAGAAGCGAAAAUUAUAAAGGAUUCAAGCAGCGACAAGGAAAGUGAAAAUAUUCAGGAAAACUGCUUAAAUGUAAAAUUAAAGAAGAGGGACAGUGAAGACAAAUGUGAUGUAACUGCUAUAGAUCAAACAAUUAUUCACGGUACUGAUAUUUCUGAUAGAAUCAAGGAAGUGGCUGUUGAAGUUGAGAAAUUGAUUAUGGACGAUGAUAAUAAUUUAAACUCUGGCAAUAGUCAGAGAUUUGCAGCUGCUGAGCUUAUAAUGGAAUCAAAAACAAAUAAUGAGAGUCCAACAUCAGGCGAGGAAUUGUCUGCCAAAUCUUUACUUCAAAAUGCUCCGUUUCCCGAACCUAUUAAUUUAAGUCAUCUGCAACGUCACCAACCACAACAUUUACAUCAGCAGCCGACGACGCAACAUUUCUCCCUCCUUCCGCCUGGUCAAUCGUUACACCAUCAUCAUUCGCAUUUGAUGAAUUCUUUGAGUUCGAACCUUAAUGAUUUGUGGUUCUAUCGCGAUCCGCAAACGAACGUCCAGGGACCAUUUAGCGCUUUAGAAAUGACAGAGUGGUAUCGUGCAGGUUAUUUCAAUGAAAACUUAUUUGUUCGUCGGUUUGCGGAUAAUCGUUUUCGUCCCUUGGGCGAACUUAUAAAAUUUUGCCAUGGAAAUAUGCCAUUCACGCACAGCCACUUGUUGCCAUCACCUUUAGAAUUGGAUAUGGAAAUGGAAGGAGGUCCGAAGCCAUUACUGGAGGGAGGAGGAGGCCUGCGCGGUGGAAAUCAGCAGCAGUUACUGGACGGAGGUAGUAUUCCUGGUGGAAAUCAACAGCAGCAGUUACUGGAAGAAGAGGUUCAGCAACAGUUAAUUCCAACAGCCGCUACGCUUCCAGCUGUUGCACUUUCAAGCGCUGCCCUGCCCAUAAUUCCCUUGCUUGCACGUAAACAUCAAUCUGAUGAACCCCUUAAAGCCAAUGUAACGGCCGCAGCUGAAGCUCUUACUUUGGCCAUUAAAGGAAAUUUAAUGGGUAAUACAUCGCAAUUGCUAUCGAUGCGUUUCCAAAUGCUGCAGGAUCAAUAUGUUCAGCAUCAAGAGUACCAAAUUCUUGCGGAAUUGACGAAAAACGAUUGUUUUCAGCGACUUUCGGCGAUAGAACGUGAAUCUAUUGUACGUCGAAAAGUACAAUUAAUUGUUUUGCCCGAUUAUUUAACAAGUUUAAAUGGUCUCAGCAACACUUUGUCUGUCAUAAAUCCAAUGGCAGCCAGAGAACUAUUUAAUUUGGUUGCAGAGCAGAGCAAAAAAGAUCAACAGAGCGUUCAACAAAGGUCAAUAGUUGGUAAUAAUCUAUUAGAUGCUAAUAACUUCAUAUUGAAUGCACAAUUAAUGCAACAACAACAACAGCAGCAGCCGGUAAUAACCCCCAAUGCGGAAGAAUUGCCGUCAAGGAAUGAUUUGGAUUUGUUAAAUGAAUAUAAUUUGAGAAUGUUAUUACGUGGCAAUAGUCAUCAGUCAACAAUUGCAGCAGAUUCUCAACAACUUCAUUCUUCUGUUGAAGAAACACAAAUGUUAACAGCUCAAAAUUUAAUGAUACCCAUGUGGCUGCCUCCUCAGUCAGUGAAGCCUACCAACUCCACUUCGCAAUGGCCAAAAGGAACGCUAUGGGAUGUGGCUACUUUAGAAGAGGAACAGAGUCAACAGCAGCAGCAACUAAUGAUACAAAAAGAGCAGCGGCAACAGCAACAGCACCCAAGUAGCAAUUUUGUGGAGAAAAAACUGGCGGAGGUAAGCUUAAAGAAUGAAGAGAGACCUUUAGAAGAACCCCAUGAACCCCACAUUGUAACAGAUGUACAUCACGAAGAUGUAACUAAAUCAUUGAAUGAACCAUAUAAAACAAAGGACCAUAAGCAACCAACUAAUAACAAGCUAAAUUCAAAUAUCAGACAACCACAAAAGCAAGUCAAUGAUGAGGAUCAACGCCGACGAGAGCAAACAGAAGAAAAGCGACGCCAAAAAGAAGAGCGUAAACGACAGCAGCUAGAAGAGGAAAAGCGUAGGGCCAUUCAAGAAGCUGAAGAAAGAGCCCGACAAGUUCAAGAGGAAAAGGAGAGACAGCAGCAGAUACAAGCCCAACGUCGGAAGGCUCUGCUAGGCAGCACUAGCAAUGCCCAACCUCAUGCUACAAAGGAUUCAGUCUUCAAAGCCGCCGGAGACCAGUCAUUAGAGACACAGAGAUCCUCGGUCCGUUUACCAGGCACAUCCAUAGCGCCUUGGUCCCUCGCCCGAUCACCAAAUGCUAACAGCACCGUUGCCCCCGGUCUGGCUGAGAUUCAAAAGGCAGAACGUCGCGAGCGUCGAGCCGACCAGCAGCGUCAUCAGGAGCAACUCGACAAGCGGUCGCGGGCUAAUGCAGCAGCUCAAGCUGAAGCCAACGAUGUUCUCCUAAAAUGGCAAUCGGUCGCACCAACUUCUAUGCCAGUUAUGAGUCUGGCGGAGAUUCAAGCGGAAGAAACAAAGCGAUUAACAAAUGAGCUACGAAAGGAUAUAGAGCUUCAGCAGCAGCAGCAUCUUGGAACUGGAACAUUACCGGGAGGAGCAUCUGGGACAGGGGUCGGAGGAGGAGGCGCCACGAUGUCGAACAUUUGGGGUAAUGUCAAUAAAGCAUGGAGUGGUCCCUCUCCAUUGGCUCUUUCUGGCUCUUCUGGUUUAUGGGAAGAGACUUUAACUUACCAGCAUCAGACUUCAUAUUAUGGAGGAGGAGGAGGAUCUUCCACUGCAGCCUCCACUGCCACUAGGUCCUCGUCAAUUCUGCAGGCACAGAAUAAGUCUAACACAAACCCCCUAACAUCGCCACGAAAUCUACGAAAAAGUCAAACAUUGCCUGCUAUUAAACCACAAAAUCAACCCGAGAAAGUGAAACCUAAACAGAAAGCAAUCGCAGCUUCAAUUGAAGAAAAGGAUAAAGAUCGAAAACCACAAUUCAAGGGGCAAACAGAUCCCUCAAUAAGCAAGGUUAAUGAGUAUGAAAAUGAGUUUACCAACUGGUGUAUGAAGAGCUUGGACAAUAUGUCUGCUAAAGUUGAUGUACCAACAUUUGUAGCCUUCUUGCAGGACUUGGAGGCGCCAUAUGAGGUCAAGGACUAUGUCCGCAUAUAUCUCGGUGAAGGAAAAGAUUCAUUGGACUUUGCCAAACAGUUUUUAGAACGUCGCAGCAAAUACAAGAGCUUGCAGCGGGCACAGAAUGCACACAACGAUGACAUGUGCAAACCAGCGCCUGCUAUAACUCCAUCAUCUAAUGAUAAUACUGAUAAUAAGAACAAACAGAAGAAAGUGAAAAAGAACAAGAUGACUAGAAUGGAUGCACGGAGUAUUCUUGGAUUUUCGGUAACAGCCGCCGAGGGUCGUAUUAAUGUCGGCGUUCGAGAUUAUGUUGAUGGACCAUAACCUACAAUUUUAUAUAUAAAGUUACAAUUGCAAAAGUCGUAUGUUAAAAAACUUUUGAAUUUGAAACAAUAAACAACGUUAAAUAUCAUAUAAA